AUGUGUUUGCUUCGCUACCACGCGCAGUUAGGGAAUGCGGGUUUGAAGGCCGUAACGCAGGAAAUGGCCAGGUUGAUGGCAUACGAUUCUACGGCAGGAAGAAUGAGAGCACUGACCGAGUUGAAAAAUUUGAGGAUGAGACCAGGUCAAGAAGUGUCAGAAUUUUGCGUAGUUCUAGAAAGGCUAGGUAAGCAGGCAAAUCCAGAGUGUACACUGGAGGACAGGUCGAUGGAAUAUGCCCAAAUUCUACUCGAUAAUCUGAGCGACUGGCCUGAACACUUCCAGUUAGUUGGAGCGCUGCACAGAGUAGAGCCUCGCAAGGCUUAUGAGGAGGUAAAGCAGCUAGCUCUGAGUAUAGAGCAGUCAAGGAUAAUGAUUGGAGUAAAUGAAAGAGGCUCAAUGGCUUGGAAAAAGAGAUGCGCUCAGUACCAGUAUGGCAGUGAACAAAGACCGACAGUGAGGAUGAGAGAGAGAUUCCCUAAUAUCGAACGAGGGAGAGCAGGGGAAAAGACCGAUUAUAACGCGGAAACAUCCCCUGUCACAGAAGUUGAAGAAAUGAGUACUUCAGAACAUAGACGCCAGAGGCAGGAACAGAGCUCCCGCGAGACAGUGCGGAGCAGGAAAUGCUACCGUUGCGAAAGAAUUGGGCAUAUAGCGCGAGAAUGCCCGGAAAAAGCGGUGAAAGUAAACCGUACAUUCCAAAAGAAGUCCCCUGGUGAAGAUACAGAAAUAAAGUUGUCGUCCAUAUAG